AGGGGCGCCGCUGCCCCGCGGGACUGAGCGGCGCCUCCCGCCGGGCCGGGGGCAGCUCGGGGAGGGGGGUGGUCCCUCAAGGCGUCCCUAGCUCCCCCCCCCAUUUUGGGGAGCGUCCCCAAAAACCCGUCCCCGCGGCGCUUCGCGGCCUCGAGCAGCGCUGCCCGGCGCGGCGGGGCCGGAUCCGGGGGGCUUCGGCGCCCGCAGGUGCGGCCGGGCGGCGCUCGCGUUUGCGCCAGCGGCAAGUGCGGAGCGUCCCGGUGUCGGCCCUCGGCGGCCGCGUUGGGGGAACAAGCGCGGUGCCGUGUCGGGAGAUCGUAUCUGAACCUGAGAAAAACGCAGCGCUGUGAGUUUCUGAAGAGCCAGUCCUGUAACUUCCUGCAUGUGCCCGUGUUUUCGUGUUGACGGAGGCACUGCUUAAACUCUGCAGGCACAUACAGGGUUGGAGCAGGGAUGAAAAACAGUGUUUAUGCCGUGAAGUUUAAGUGAGCGCAAGAAGGUUUUGCAGAAAUCUGUAAAGUACUACCUGCCUGGAAGCGUAUUUUGAACUUUCAUGUUUUGUUCUAAACGCAGAAACUAAAAAAAGACCUUUUUUCAGUAUUCCUCCUGACUGUGGCCUUUUCUGAGUUUUACGUAUUUACCUCUUCCAUGUGAGUGGAAAAAUGUUAAAAAGGCUCUUGAAGAAUUGAAGUCUAGUCUAUUCUUAAUGAGAGAAUAAAAUGGGGAAGUUCUAGAACCUUGAGGAUAAUUCAGCACAAUAGUUUGCUGCAGGAACUAAGACUCAUCUCAAGAAUUCAGUAAAAAAAGAGAAGGAAUACUUAAAAUCAUGCCAUCUGAAAAGGAACAGAUUUUUUGUGAUAAAAAGCAAAUUAAUUUGUUAAACCACAAUGCUGCAAAGAAACUUUCUAUGGAUACUACUUUGGAAAAAGCACUGGUGAAUGAUACUUUUAGUAUGAUGCCUCAACCAGCAAUUGUAGAUGUCAGUCUCUCUUAUGAACUGAAAAAUGUGAAAAUUGAUUUACCCAAAGUGAACAUUCCAAAUGAAGUAUUAAUGAAACAUGAAGUUGACAGAUUUAGAAAACUAUUUCAGUGUAAACAGCAAACUGCAAGGAAGUCUUUACAUCUAGAGAAAAUAAAUGGAAGCAAUCCCAGUUGUUCAGAGGGAAGCCACUUGCAAAAUAAACCAGAAGUGCAAUUUGAGGAAGGGUUAAAAACUACAGCAAAGAUACUUAAUUUCACUUGUACAAAGUGCAAGGAUAAUAUUCGAUACAGCCCAAAUGAUCUACAGAAACAUUUUCAGCUGUUACACUAUGGCGAGUUGCCUUUGUAUCCUUGUGAAAUGUGUAACUUCUCAGCUAAUGAUUUUCAGUCGUUUAAGCAGCAUAGACGCACCCAUCGCAGCACUUUAGUGAAAUGUGAGCUCUGUAAUGAUGAGCAUAUGUACACUUUGUUGGAUUUGACAAAACACUUCACAGCAAAGCAUUGUGUAAAUGGUCACUUUCAAUGUGAAAAAUGUGGGUUUUCUACCCAGGAUGUGGGCACAUUUGUUCAGCACAUUCACAGGCAUAAUGAGAUUCCAUAUAAAUGUGGAAAAUGCCAUCACAUAAGCUUUACAAAAGAGGAGUUCCAGAAGCAUCUUCUUGUCCAUACUGGUACGUUUCCUUUUGGUUGUCAGUACUGCAGUUACAGCACACCACGGAAAGAUUACCUUUUAAAACACAUAAUAGCUUUGCAUAGAGACCACCUGUAUGCAAAAGAAAAACUGGAAAAGGAUAAAUGCGAGAAAAGGAUAGUAAAGACUUCAGCAGGAUUAAAGCUCGUGUUAAGAAGGUAUAAAACAGGAGCAUCAAAGAAAGCACUCUGGAGACGGAAAAAAAUAAGCAAUGGAAGUGACAAUACUGAAGAAAAAAGUUCACAAAUAUUAAGAAGUAUGCAUAAAAUCCACCUGAAACCUGAGGAGCUGAACGAAUUUGUAAGAGAUGUGGAAGCAAAUGAAGAAAAAGAUGAAAUUAUAUAUACUGAAAAGCAUAAUUUCACAGGUGGAAUGCUCUCUGCUACUACUGCACAAUACAAUAAAGCAGAUGAUGGAACAAAUUAUGGCCUGGGAUUAUUAAAGAAUGCUGUUCAUGGGCCCACAGUACUGAUGGUCAAAAACAAUAAAAUAUCUGUUCCAGCAAAUUACAGUGCUAAAUUUAUGGGAUUUAAAAUGGUAGAUGGAAAGCAACAUAUUGUUAUAAAAUUAUUACCCACGAGUAAGCAGAACUCACAUUUGUUGGGUCAGAAAGCUGAUCCAAUUAAAGAUGGCUCUACAUCUUUGCUACAGACUGCUGAUCCCUGUAGCUUGUCUUCGGGUGCUAUAUCACGUGUGACUGAUCAGACAACCUUGAAGAACAAUUCUGUUCAUCCAUUAACCUCUACUCCAUUUCCUUUUUGUGCUCCUCAUUCUGGAAAAACAAAAGUGGAAAAACAAAGUAACUCCUUAUUGUAUGGUAGAAGUGUUUCUCAAACUGUAGCACCUUCUAAUGUAGCUGUGGGAAAAAGUUCAAAUCAUUUGCAAAUGAAGUUGGGCUCAACUGUGCCUCCGUGUGAUGAGGUGACAAAAGUUGGAACUCGAAGUAAUAUCUCAUGGGGAAACUAUAGUCCUCCAAGUCAUCCUCAGGUAUUACCACCUGCUAUUACAAAUGCGCUUCAUUAUGACCCUAUGAAAAUGCCCUUCUUCCCCGAAUUGAAAAUACAAAAUGGUGGCCUAAACAAUAGUAAUGGAACUAAUAAUCUGUAUUAUUCGCCUUCAGUUGAUUCCUCUAAUGAAGGGUUGCUUUCUUUUCAUAAUUAUUCUAAAAUGGACACUUCAGAUAGCCAGUGUAGCAUUUGGAUGUCAACAGAUGACAAAACUAAAGAAUUUAUAUCCAGCAAAACACUUCCUUUUCAAAACAGUAGGAGAGGUGAAUCUGCAUCUUCAUUUUCAGAGUCAGUGAAAGGCUUAAAACCAGAGAAAUUUGUAUCACCUCAGUCAAAUGUUAAUAAAACUUAUGGACACAUAAACACUAAGAAUAAUUGUAUAUCUUCUAAAAGCCAAUCAAAAUGUGUUAUUGACAGAGAGUGUUUUAUGGAAGACCAGCAUAGUAACGGCCAGCAGUAUUUGGACACUAACGUAAAUCACGGCUUUGAGAAUGUAGCAGAGAAAUUUCAGGAAAAUGCCUCUGAUUGUGUUAACUCAGCCUUAAUGCCUAAAAUCACAUCAGUUUUCUCAUUACAGAGUGAACAGGCAGCUAAUUAUUUAUCGCCUGAAAUAAACCAGUUAUUGCAAGAUGUGUUGAAAGUGAAAGCAAAUACUCAGCAAGAAUCCCAUAGCAAGUCAAAUAACUGUGUAAAACUUCAUUCUGACAAGUUGCUUUCCAGUAAUGAGACAGGAAAUAAAGCCUUUAUGCAUUUAAAGAGCUCAGCAACUGCGUGCGGGUUUCAGAGGCCUCCUGCUAAUGUAGGCUUUCAUUUAUAUAAGAGAGAGUUGAACUCCAGAUGUAGCACAAAUGAAGGUAUACAUUGUGGGAAAGAAAGAAAGAUACCCAGAGCAUCAUUCGAUUCACAGGGAGUAGGUAAAUUAGCCAGAGCUGCAGGUGUCGGUACGUUGCUUAAAACCCAUACAGAUGCAAUUGUAACGCAGCAAUUAGUAAAAGAUAAAAUGCGAUCUACAACCCAAAAUCCUAGUAGCUUUUCACCAGUUCAUCAAGAACAGAAGAAAACCCUUCUAGUACAGUCACCGCCAUCAGGAUUUUUUGUACCUUUGCACCUUGCUAACCAGCCCGGACUACAGGUUGUUUCAGGAACAUCUCUUCCAUCCACCAGUUCAUCAGAUGGUCAUUUGACUAAGGGUGUACCUGCAUCUUUUGUUUUAAAUAAAGGACCUGGAAUGAUUUUGACUUUUAGUGGGGCAAUUGGAACAGUUGCAAAUGUCCCUAGUGAUAGUUCUCAGGUUUUAGGGAGAGUUGCAUCCAGAGAAUAUGGUAAAAUAACCGUACCAGCUUCAAAAAUAGAUGUGAAAAAUGACAAAAGUAGAAGAAGUUCCAGUAGUAGGAGAGCAUGUAGUACAGCAAACGACUCAUCAAAUAGCAUGCCAUUCAAAGGACCUCUUGUAAUUACAAACUCAUCUGAGUCAUCUAUGAAAGGAAUUUCUUCUGUGAAAGUGUUAACAGAGCAUCAAGAUGCUGUUUUUGGUUCCUUGGAGUCAGUAAAAGAACAGGAAGUUCAACAGAAACAACAUGUUUAUGCGCUUUUGCCUGAUGGACAGCAGGCAGUUUUCCUGAAAUGUAUGACACCAAACAAGCCUGCAGUACAUAAACAUAGUGUUUUUCAGGAUAAUGCUUACUAUCAAAGUUGUCAACCAAAGAAAACUGGAGCCAUGCAACAAAAGCUUUUGGUGAAAAUUAAGACUUCUACUUCGGAGUCACUGGCUGAUGCAAAUCGGUCAGUAAGCAGCUCAGUGCCCUCACUACAGUUGGACAACAUGCAGUCCCUUACUCCUGCACUAGCACAGAAACAAGCUAAUCUUACUUGUAGCGAUGCCUUAAUCUUACCAGGUAGAUUAAUGCCAGCAAAUGCCUCUGUGGCAAGCUCUAAUCCAGCAUGUUGUAUUCCUCCUAUAGAACCUGUACGUUCUGCCAAACCUGCAGGGACACGGUUGCAAAAAGGUUCUGCCGAGAGUACGCAAGUAAUAACAGCUAACAACAGGAAUAGCUUUGGUAGUCAGAAGUCCACAUGGAGCACCAGAAACAGAAUUUCAAAAGUAAAACCUCGUUUAAAACAAACUGCGCCUAAAAGUUCAGAAACCGUGGUUUUGCAAAGAAACAAGAAUUUCAAACGAAAAAGAAAGGAUAAUUACUCAGAACCUCCAAGAAAGAAAGUAACGUUGCACAGAAAGUGUAAGGAAAAGAAUCAAACUGGAGUUGUUAGUGAAUCAGGUGGCCCUUACAAACCAAGGGCAUCAAAAGAAACUGUAAGGACUUUGAAACUACUUCCUUUUAAUUCUAAACAGCUUGUGAAAUGCCCUCGGAGAAAUCAACCAGUUGUUGUACUUAAUCACCCUGAUGCUGAUGUUCCAGAAGUUGUAAACGUAAUGAAAACCAUUGCUAAAUUUAAAGGACAUGUUCUUAAGGUUUCAUUGUCGAAAAGAACUAUUGAAGCUCUUCUGGAGCCAGCUUUCUGCAAUUCUUUGGACCUAACUACUGAUGAUCUUUCUCAAAAGAGGCACAGGACAAUAAAACCUAUUAGCCCUGUAAAAGAAAGAUUUGUGUUAAAAUUGACACUGAAAAAGACUAGCAAAAACAAUUAUCAGAUUGUGAAAACUACCUCUGAUAACACCUUGAAAGCUAAGUUUAGCUGCUGGUUUUGCGGUAGAAUAUUUGACAAUCAGGAUAAUUGGGUAGGACAUGGACAGAGGCAUCUGAUGGAGGCUACUCGAGAUUGGAAUUCGCUAAUGUAAUGAUGACCAGUGAAGAAGAAAAAUCUUAAGUACCAUGCAGUAUGCCUUUUAAAAAGAGAAUCUAGUUGAAUUAUGAUACACAAGUCAUUUUGUUUUGUAUUUCAGUAUUGUAACUGAAAUUUAAAUAUAAUGCAAAAUGGUUGUAUUUUAAAAGGAGGAAAAGAUUCUCUGGUGGCAUCAAGCUUUGAGAUACAUCAAGGAGCUUUGUGGUUUAGAUAACUUGUGACUAAUUGAAAAUACAAUUCCAUAAAAAUAUAUAUUAUUUUUUGUUACUACUAUCAUGUCCUAUAUUUUUAUUCUAUAGAAUCAGUCUUCAGGGCUUUUGUUCUGUACAUAUUUAAGAAACCUAAACAUGUAAAUAUUUUUAUACUUUUCAGUUAUUUGGUAUAAUUUUUGCACAGAAGUUAUUGCCCCCCCCUUAUUUUUCAGUUCUGUGCAUGCACUACUAAAAACCAAUUUUUAAAUUUUUUUUCAACUACACACAGCUGUUAUCCUGGGAUUUUUUUUCACUUGUUAGCUCUUGAUUUUGUUUUUCAGGGAUUGAACACUAUUGUUAGCAAGUGCCUAAAAGAUGUGAAGCAGUUUACAUUAUGUCAACUGUGUAACCAUAGGUCCAAAUAGGGCCAUUUCCCCAACAGUUUCAUUUAAAAAAAGCCAUAUGUGAAUGCUUUAAGCUAUAUUGCUAUGCACAUGACACUUGUACUAUUUCUGUGCAGUUUGUCUACUUUCUUAGUGAAGUAUUUUUCAUAUAAAUUAAUAAAACAUGUUACGAUUGUGUUUAAUACAGUGAGCCUGAGAAUGGAAUCAGUUGAAAAUAUACAGUAUAUAUAUUCAUAAUGUAUAUGGUGUUUAAGAAUGGUGAACAUUCCUAAUCUGUAUUGACUCUGUUACUAUUAAAUUUGAUAUAACUUGUGUUUACAGAA